AUGGAACGUAGUGCAAAUUUGGAUUUUGAUAUUAGGAAAAAUGAUUGGGAAAUGUUUUGUGAUCGACUAGAGCAGUAUUUCAUUGCAAACAAAAUAACAAAUGCUGAAGAAAAAAGAGCAAUUUUGUUGAGUAAAGUGAAUGCAGAGACGUACGAAGAGAUCGCAAAAAUAUGUAAGCCCGUUAAGCCUAAGGACAAAACCUAUGAAGAAAUUAUAACAAAGGUCAAAGAUUAUUUGAAACCGCCAGCAUCAUACCUUGUAUAUAGAUAUGAAUUCAGACUCAGGAAGCAAUCAGACGGCGAGGGUAUAAAAGAAUACGUCACAGCGCUGAAGGUUAUGACAGACAAAUGUAAAUUUACGAACGAAGACGAGCAAGUACUCGAUCAAAUGAUUUGUGGCUUAAGAAGUAAAGCAAUAACGGCGGAAUUAUUAAAACUAGAGAAACCCGAUCUGGAAACAGCAUUAAAAAAAGCUAUGGCAUCAGAGGCAGCUAGUAAAGGCGCAGAAAAAUUGCAAGAAACAAAUACGGAAAUUCAAGAGGUACACAUGCUAAGUCGUGGAAAGUUUUGGCGAAAGCAACAUGAGGGAGAUCAUAGACAGGGACAACGUACAUGGACUAGAAGGGGAAGAACAUUCGGCCGGGCUCGAGGAACGGCGCGAGCACAACAAAUACCGGGAGGCUCUGCUUGUUACCGUUGCGGGGAUUCAAGACACUUCGUGAAGGACUGUAUGUAUAGGGAAAAUGUAGUAUACCAUACGUGCGGUGAUAAAGGUCACACUGCUAGAGUUUGUACACAUAGAGCCGGAAAAAAAGAUGCAGAACAAAAGCCGCGAGUAGGUUACGUAAGUGAAUGUGGUAGUAGUAGUAGCUCCGAUGGUGAAAUGUCGCGAGAGUUGAGCCACAUGUAUAUUGAUAAUAAAAGAAGUCUGUACAGUCUGUAUGUACCCGGAAAAACUAGAGUCGAGCCUCAAUAUGUAACGGUCGAAAUAAAUAAAUCUAAAAUUAAAAUGGAAAUAGAUUCGGGCGCGGAACCAGCUAUAAUUCCAAAAGAAAUUAUAAAGAAAUGUUUUCCGAAAGAAACAAUGUAUGAGCCAGAUAUAGAAUUUCGGAACCAUGAUAAUACCGUCAAUAAGCCUGCAGGAAUGUUCAAAGGUGUAACUGUGAGUCUGAACAAUAAGAUAAUUAAAGCUGAUUUAUAUGUAACUGAAUCGUCCGGGCCGCCGAUAAUAGGCAGAGCGUGGCUCAAAGCACUAGGAUUAUGGCCAUUAUUUAAAGACCUAGAUCUGCAUAUAGUUAAAAAUAAAAUUGAUGGUAAUGACAGGCUAAAUAAAAUCUUAGAAAAACAUGCUAAAUUUUUUGAAAAUUCUAAAGGAUCGUUCAAUAGGGCCAAGAUCAGGUUAGAAUUAAAGGAGGAUGCUAAACCGAUAUAUGAGUUAGCGCGAUCUGUACCUUUCGCUUUAAAGGAUAAAAUAGAGAAAGAAUUAGAUAGAUUGGUAGAAGAGAAAAUAUUGGAACCAGUAGAAAUGAGCGAAUGGGCUACCCCGAUCGUGCCGAUACUAAAACCGAAUGGAGAUGUUCGACUUUGUGGAGCUUUCAAUGUAACUAUUAACCCUUUAUUAAAAACAAUUCGCUAUGCACCACCGAACUUCGAUCAUGCUAUGGCUCGAUUAAUAACAAAAAAUAUUAAUAAUAAAAAUAAGAAGCGGUAUUCGAAAAUUGAUCUAAAAGAAGCCUUUUUACAAGUUCCCGUUGAGGAAAAUUCGCAAAACUUAUUAACUAUCAAUACUCAUAAGGGCUUGUUUAAAUGCUUGUAUAUGAUGUACGGUAUAUCAUCGGGACCUGGGUAUUUUCAAAAGCAAAUGGAGGAAGUUUUGAAAAAUAUAAACGGAGUCGCGGUGGUAGCAGACGACGUAGUGGUAACGGGAAGUGAUGAUGAGGAACAUUUGCGAAAUUUAAACAUAGUAUUAACGAGUUUAGAAGAAUGCGGUUUGAAAGGACGAGUAAACAAAUGCGAAUUUUUCAAAGAUGAAGUUAAUUAUUUAGGAUAUAAGUUACGGGAUGACACUAUUACAGUAAAUGAAGAAAAGUAUAGAGCAAUAGUUGAUAUGAAAGAACCGGAAAAUCACAAAGAAUUACAGUUAUUAUUAGCAGUAGCACGCGAAACUGCUAAAAACGAGACUCUAUCCAUCGUGAAGCGGAUGGUAAUAGAAGGAUGGCCUGACUGUAGUCUUAAAAGUUGGCCUAAUGAGUUGCAACCAUAUGCACUGCGUAAAGACGAAAUUCACGUCGAAAAAGAAUGUUUAAUGUGGGGACAGAGAGUUAUCGUCCCACCUAAAUUAAGAGAAAAGGUAAUCGAAAAAUUGCACGAAAGUCACUUUGGGAUAGUUAAAAUGAAGAGUUUGGCAAGGUCGGUGGUUUGGUGGCCUAAUAUAGAUAAAAAUUUAGAAGAUAAAUCUAAAUAUUGCAAAUGGUGUGUGGAAUCUAAAGACAAUCCAAUUAGAAUGGAAUUAACUCCAUGGCCAUGGCCAAGCCAACCUUGGCAAAGACUUCAUGCAGACUUUGCGGGGCCAUAUUUGGGGCAAACUUACCUUUUAGUCAUCGAUGCCUAUUCUAAGUGGCCUGAAAUUUUCAUUAUGAAAAAUAUAUCAGCAGAAGCAACGAUAGAAAAAUUCCGAGAAAUGUUUACAACGCAUGGGCUACCGAACCAUAUUGUAACUGAUUCAGGAACGCAGUUUACGAGCGACGAAUACAAAAAGUCUCUCAAGCAAUUAGGAAUAAAACAAGAUUUUUCAGCGCCGAAACACCCAGCGACAAAUGGAGCUGCGGAAAAUCUUGUAAAAACAUUUAAGCGUAAACUCAAAGCGAUUGUACAAAGCUCGAAAGCAGAUAUUCAAAAGUGCACCAGUGGUGAUGCGUGCCGCGGAGCCCUGCAAGCAAAACAUGCCCCGGGAAGAUAG